AUUCUACUCAUAUAUCGAUAACGAUCAGAGAUUAUAAAUAUAUCGUGGUGUCAAGACGGAGGUUACACUAUUUUGAAUUGCUUGUGACGUCACAAGCUGUCUACCAUUUGUUUGGAAAGCGCGCAGAAAUGCUUAAAGGGUUGAGCAGUCAGACGCCGUGGAUGCCGUUUGCUGUAGGUGUGGGUGCAAUAAUAUGCACUGAAGUCAUCUGCAUUGCGAAAAAACAUUCGCGAAUCAAGAAAAAAGCUGAAGAAGUCAUCGAUGUAAUAAUAUUUAAUGAAAUCACGCGUUCUCAAGAUUUUCCAACUAGCGGUAUAGAGUCGAUGAUCAGUUACAUUAAUCAGGCUCAAUAUUCCAUCGACUUGGCCAUGUACACGUUCACCAACCUGGAAAUGUUCCAGGCAUUAAUGGAAGCCCACAUGCGAGGUGUCCGACUACGAAUUAUCACCGACCUGCAAAGUGAUGAUGCACCACAAAUUCGUGUUAAUCGAUGCACCCAAAGCUGCAAACGAUAUUAAACAACAAAGGACAAGCAACAAGUUGAAGACAAGCUCUUAUCGUAGCGUGUUACUGAGUGGCUCCGUG